GAUCGGGUCCCCCCGGACCACAGCAAUCAAAUUUCGUCAUCAUUCUGAAUCCGGUCUUUUUGUUUGGUUUCCCUAGUUCGAUCGACUUUGACCAGCAACACCACCACCACCAUCACCACCAUCUUAUCCAAAAAAAAAAAAACACCCUCAUCCUAAUCUUCACUCUCCAAUCACUCAAAUCUCACGAUGGGUCAAACAGGAUCUCAACUACUUCAAGAGAUCGAAAAAUCGUCAAACUUUACGGGUGACGAAAUCCAGAGGUUAAAGAAACGGUUUAUGAAGCUCGAUCGAGAUCAAUCGGGUUCGAUAGAUAAGGAUGAAUUUCUGCAAAUCCCGGCGAUUGCGAACAACCCAUUGGCGUCGAGGAUGAUUGCGAUCUUCGAUGAAGACGGUGGUGGGACGGUCGAUUUCCAAGAAUUUGUGGACGGUUUAUCGGCGUUUAGUAGUCGAGGAGAUCGAGAACAAAAGCUGAAGUUCGCGUUCAAAGUGUAUGAUAUGGAUCGAGAUGGAUUUAUUUCGAAUGGAGAAUUGUUCUUAGUUCUGAAGAUGAUGGUUGGGAACAACUUGAAAGAUCAACAACUCCAACAGAUCGUGGACAAGACGAUCAUGGAAGCUGAUACAGAUUGUGAUGGCAAGCUCUCGUUUGAUGAAUUCAAGCAGGUCGUAGCUAAUACAGAUAUUGCCAAACAGAUGACACUUGAAGCCCUGUUUUAGCUUCAGUUUUUCUCAUUUCACACUUUCUUUCAAUGUUGUCAUCUUUCCUUUGUUUCUUUCUGUUGUCUUGUCUUGUCUUAUUCCUUCCUUCAUUUUCUUUUUUUGAAAAGUUUACAAAAAUUUGGAUGUGUUCCAGUUCCAUGUAUCUUAAUAAGCUGAGAGAGAGAGAGAGAGAGAGCCAAGGGAUCUACG